AUGGAUACUAUACCAGAAAAUUUGUUAUUGCCCUCCUCGCCUAACCAACGGCACUUACCAAUUGAUGAGGAGCUUUGGUUGAUGGCUGAAGAGAGGGCCCAGGAAAUACUAUGUACAAUUCAACCUAAUGUUGUUUCUGAGCUGAAUAGAAAGCAUAUUAUUGAUUUUGUUCAGAGGCUGAUUGGAGGUUACUAUGGGGGAGAGGUUUUCGUGUUUGGAUCAGUCCCACUAAAAACCUACCUUCCAGAUGGAGAUAUUGACUUGACAGUUCUCAGUCAAGAAAGUGUAGAGGAGGAUUUAGCACAAGCAGUAUGCAAUCUACUUGGAAGUGGAGAAGACCUUGAAUACAAAGUGAAAGACAUACAACAUAUCCGUGCGCAGGUAAAGGUUGUAAAAUGCACGGUGAAAAGUAUAGCGGUUGACAUCUCUUUUAACCAGAUGGCUGGACUCUAUGCUCUGCGCUUUCUGGAAGAGGUUGACCAACUUGUCGGGAAAAACCAUGUCUUCAAACGCAGUAUAAUCUUAGUCAAAGCUUGGUGCUAUUAUGAGAGCCGACUUCUUGGGGCACACCAUGGCUUGCUCUCAACAUAUGCACUUGAAAUAUUAGUUUUAUAUAUUAUCAAUUGUUUUCAUUCAUCAUUGUGUGGUCCUCUAGAGCAGGCGCUGUACAGAUUUUUGGACUACUACAGCACAUUUGAUUGGGAGAAAAAUUAUAUCACCAUAGAUGGUCCACAAUCAUUAUCCUCCCUUCCAGAAAUCAUUGAGAAACCAGAAUCUGAUCGAGGUGGGUUGCUGCUCAGUAAAGAGCUUCUGAAAAAUUACAGGGAUAUGUGCUCUGUUCCAAAGGCAUGUGAGACGUCACACCGUGAAUUUCCCAUCAAGUGCAUGAACAUUUUGGAUCCUCUAAAAAGCGACAACAACCUAGGCCGCAGUGUCAACAAAAGCACUUUACAUCGAAUUGGUUACGCUUUUGCCUUCGGUGCUGAAAAGCUUAAGGAGAUUCUUGACCUUCCAGGAAAAAGCAUUGGUGGAGCACUUGAGGUGUUUUUCAUGAACACUUUGAAUAGAAAUGGGAAAGGACAAAGGCCAGAUAUCGAUGUUCCUGUUCCCGCAUUUGGUACUGGAAGAUCUGAAGAGCCUGUCCUUGUUGGAGAUUGUGACAGUUUCUAUGGUGGCUUACAACAUAUUCAGAUGUAUCAGAACUAUGCUAUGCCGCUUGUUGCGCCUUCGAGUUCCCCACCGAUACCAUUUGAUGCUGAUAUGCUUAAGCUACAGCAAAACUGGCUUAGGUAUUAUCAUAGAGGGAAAUCGCGAGGAACAGGCACAUACAUCCCUGACAUGACUCUUACUACCUACUGGAAUGCCCGUGCAAGAGGGUCCAGACCAAGGAGAUUCGGUACCGGGAAUAAUAACAAUAAUAGUAAUAAUAAUGCAUUGCCCAAACCAUUGGAGAGAAAGCAAAUAGAAGAGGUUCUUUCUGAGACUGACAUGAAUGAUAAUAGUUCCAAGUCCUAUGAGCUCUUUAAUGAAGAUUUUCCUCUUCUUUCAAGCAUUGGCAACAGCAGUUCGGAAGCAUCCCAACAAUCUGAGCUGGACCAUAGUUCCUCAUCGCCUCAAAUGUCUAUCGAGUUUGGAACUUACGGUAUCCCGCACUCAGCUACAGAACCGAGUUUGGGAAAAAAGAGUCAGAAAGAGGAUUCCAGCGCUACUACACCAGUUGUUCCAAGUCUGGCAGUGGAGACAAAAGGAAAAUGUGCUCGGGUCGAAGAGAAGACGGGUUGA